AUGGGGAACCGCCGCCGAGUCCCGCUGCUGCUCGCCGCGUCCUCGCUCGUCCUCCUCCUCGGCACUCGCUCAACACUCGCCAUUCCCUCUGCAUCGCCAGUCGAGUCCUGCCCGUCGACCUACGACGACCCCUACCUCGCAUUCCCUCACCAGCCCCGGCACGGCCACGCCUUCGUCCCCUCAGACCCCGGAAACCCCGUCCACCCGCUCCUGCAAGACAUCCGUCUCCCCGAGAACCCGACCAACCCUGCGCCACGGCCUGUCACAGCCAAGGACAGGCAUCAGCUGUAUACGCCCGGACGGAACAACUCGUUCAGGACGGACGAGUUUCGCUUCCAGCCGGGACGACGGGCGAAGAGAGACAAGGAUGCCAAGGACGAGCACGGAGGAGUCGACAAGCGCGCCGUCGUCUCGAGCGUAGAUGUCCCCUUCCCGCCCUCUGCAUGGAUCGACAUCAACGACUUGUCGACGAUCGCGACCCUCGCACAAGCAGCCGUCGCUCGAAUGCAGACCUGGUACGAGAACGGAGUCUUCGAAUGGACAGGUUGGUGGCAGACGCCUGUGCUGGGCAUGGCUUACACGAACCUCGACCUCGCGCUCGGGAACCAAGUCAACGAGCUCCUCAUCAAGGACCUCUUGAUCCGUAACGACGGCCUCGGGUGGAUGAUCGACAAGUACAUUGACGACCAGAGCUGGUGGGCCAUGUUCGCCCUCCGCGCGCACCAAGCCUACCCGAACACGACCUGGCUCAAUAUGGUCGAGACGAUCAACAACAACAACUCGCUCUACUGGACCGACACGUGCGGAGGUGGCGUGCUGUGGUUGACGUACAAGCCGAUGAUCAAGAACACGAUCACGAAUGGUCUCUACUUUAGCAUCCUCACGCGCCUGUACCGCUACACGGGCAAUUCGACGCACUUCGACUACGCGAUGAACACCCUCAACUGGUGGCUCUCCUGGUCGUUUGAGCCCUCAAACGGGCGCGUCUACGACACCAUCACAGCCGACUGGCAAGGUCAGCCGAUGGACCAAUGCACCAAGACGGGCGAGCAAACCUGGACGUACAACUCGGGCGCGUUCCUCUUCGGGCUUGCGGACCUGUUCUACGCGACGGGGAAUACCAAGGUCCUCGAUUUGGCGAGGAGUAUCGCGUAUGCCGCGAUGAGGGACUUUACGGAUCACCAGACGGGGAUCUUGACGGAAAGUUGCGAGCACGACCCGCCGCCUGGACCGGGCAAGCCUCCGGGCUGUCAGCAAGACGAGACGGUCUUCAAGGGCAUCUUCCUCCUCGGCCUUGCAGAACUCUACGUCGCGCGCCCGGACCCCAACAUCUACAACUUCGUCAACACCCAGCUCCUCAGUAAUGCGUUCAAUAACCUCGACGAUACGUGGUUGUUUGGGAUGUGGUGGGGUGGGCCGUGGAACGUUACCACCGCCGGCCCGAAGACGCAAAUCAACGCCCUCUGCCUCCUCUCCGCCGCUGCCAUGAUCAACGCCGACUACCUCUCCGCCGCAGGCCAAAAGACGGCCGUCCCGAGCGUCACGGACCAGAUCAAGGUGCCGGAGAGUACGGCGACGGGCGAGGCGGGGAGCACGAACCGUGAUGGAGCGGUUAAUGGAGCGGGGAGGGCGAGCGAGUGGGCGGGCGCGACGGCGGUUGUGGCGCUCGCGAUGGUUGUCGGUGGAGUGGGAGUAUUGUGGGCGUGA